AUGGAUCCCAUCGUCAACAGAGAUAACCUCUUCUCUCGUGGGCCCUCGCCCCCGCCCCCCUCCCAGCACUUCCAGGUCCCGCCGGCUCAACACAACGAGCCUCACGUCUCCCCUGCGCCCUCACACCGCGAGGUCGCUCAGACCACCGCGCAGUCGCACCUCGAUUCUCUUCUUCAUGGCCUGAACACACCCUCGGCCUCCCACGUUAGCCCGCAACCGAGCGUUGCGAGCGCAGGUAUCUAUCACGGUCCGCAAGAGCCACCGCACUCUGGGCCUGCUACCCCAGCGUCCGGGCACGCUGGUUCUAUUUCUUCUAAUGUAUCUGGGCCGGCGAACCAGUCGCACGACAGGCAAAACGCGCUUUUGACCCUCCUGGGCACCGUCGCGUCUCCCUCUUCGAACCCGCAGCCCAUGCUGCCGGCAGGCCCGCCCCCUCCUCAACAGGUGCCUACGCCGCCCGGGUCCGCGCCGAGGCCAGGAAUGUUGAGCAGCGAGUCACAGGGAAAAUUGUUGCUGGAGCAGUUGAUGUCAGGCGGUUCAAAGUACGCGCAACAAGAGCAACAACAACCCAUGUCGCAUCCGCCUUCAGGAGCGUCGCCCCCUUAUGUCCCACUGCCUCCUGACCAGUCGCACUCCGAUGAGUACGCCGUCCCUCCUGAGGCCACAUAUUCGCACGAACGCGACACGUCUGGUUCGCAUGUCGCCGCGGCUGCUACCGAGCCGCGCCCAGCGUCGCCCGCUCGCAAGUCAAUUUUCGAUUUCGUUUCUCCUUUCGACGCCUUGUCGGGCGCGGCCAACACGAGCGCGAAACGGAAGCCGCCACCCGUGCAGCCGAACGAUGAGCCGCCUUCUUGGAACCACCAAAUGUCUGUAGACCCGAAGCGCAAAUCUGUAGAAAACCUAAUGGACCAACUCACGAGGGGACAGGCUCCCCCGUCCGCCUCAUCCCAGCAACCCGUCGCUCCUUACGACCUUUACAGCCCGAUGCAGGCUGAAGAGCCCCCCGCUCCCGAGGCCCUCCAGGCGAGACAGGCUCGUCCGCUGCCGCCUCAGCCUGGUCUCCCCACCGGCUCUCCGCGAGCGUCGCCACCCAAGCAGGCGAGUCAGGCAGUCCGCCAGCAGCGUCGCAAUGCAGACUCGCCUAUCGGCCAGCCUGGCGCACCUCAAGGGCCAUUCGGCAACAACUACAGUAGGGACAAGGAGAGCUCCCCGCUACCGCAGCGCGGCGCUGUGACGGACGGUCGGCGCGGCAACGGUCCGAAGGGCAAGAACCCCAGCCCGAGUGCUCAUUCGCAGUUGAUCAUGUUCGACGUUUCUCAGCCCCUGGAUGAGAUCCAGGCGCCUCUGGACACCGUGAAGUCGACCGCUAUCGCGCUCGUCAAGGUUGAUUCGACUUUCCUGCCUGGGACGACUAUCGGCGCAACCCAGUGGGUCGCGUAUGCCAUGACCAAGGGUCGUGUCCGUGUCAUUUCUCGCUCAAGCGGUGACAGGACUCUGCUCCAGCUGCCUCCCAUGUUCCCUCCCACCACUGCCGUCAGCGACAUGUCGGUCCACGAGAACAGGCUCGCAGGCGUCACUUCCGACGGCGGCUUUGUCGUAUGGGAGCUCCCGCCCGUCAUUACCGACGACGUUCCUGGUACGAUCAUGCUCUGUGUCUACCCUCAGAAUGACUUGGAGCCGCUUCAUUCAGUCAAGUGGCACCCUCAGCAGCCCGAUUUGGUUGCGGUCGCAUCGGACACAAACGUGUACUUGGUCAACAUCGCGGACGCCGCGCACGCCUUCGGCGGCGAACCGAUUUCUCAGGUCGAUCUUCACCGCGUCGGCCAGAUCUUCUCCGUUCCUUCUCCCAUUGUGGCGUUUGACUUCGACGUUCCUCGGAGUGCACUCGCGACGAUCUCCGAGGAUUCGACCCUCACGAUGUGGAACAUCCGCGACAAGUUGCCGUUCUGGUCGCACAAGAUCCGGGGUGAUGAUCUCCCGUCGUCGCUCACGUUCGUCGACGGCGGUGUGAUCGUCGGCCGCAAGAAGGGCACCAUCUUCCAGCUGCUCCCAGUCAUGGGCCGCCAGGUCCUCUCCACGAUCAAGUUCGUCAACGGCGAAAAGGAGGACCAGCAGAUGUUCGGGCAUGCGAACUACGACUCCCGGUACCAGACGCUCUGGAUCGCCAACAACCGGCGCGAGAGUAUGAUCGCCUUCAAGCUUCAUUUUGACCCCUCGACUCCGUCCCCGGGAGGCGAAGACAGCGCCCUCAGCGCAUACUUCGAGCAGGUCGUUGAGUUCAGCGGCCCGAAGCCGACCAUUCACUUCGUCAUCCUGACCGCGGACGCCGAUCCGCACGGCGACGAGGCGCAUGCCGCGUGCGUCGCAGCGAAGGUGCCCCCGGGCGAGCUUGCUCUCGUGGCGUUCUCCGUGCACUCCUCGGGGGUCGACCAGGUCCUGAUCCGGCAGGAGUGGUACAAUGCCGCUUUGGCGAGCGCUCCCUCGCGUUACCCGUCCUACCACGGCGUCAUCGAGUCACGGCCACCGCGUCAACAGCCACCCCCUGUGAGCCACGCCAUGCAGAUGAACCAGGUCGUCGCGAACCAGUCCCCUAUGAAUGUCCCCAUGCCGAGGAUCAAGACGCCACCCUCCGAGGAGGUCGAUGUCGAGGCCUCCGCGCAGGAGGGCGGCCGUGGUGGCAAGGGCAAGGGCGUCAACAAAGGCAAGAACGUCGGCUGGAAGGACAAGGACGAGCGCGAGAAGGUGGCACAGAAGGUGGAGCCCGACUACAACUCUGACCUGGGCAGCACGCUCUCGAAGGAGAUCAAGAAGUCGGAGGAGAGCCUCCACAACCGCCUCGGUCGCCUCAUCGCCAAGGAGCUCGACAAGCAGCACUUCCGGCUCGAGGAGGUCCGCCAGAGCGAGCAGGCCGCUGACUUCGCCCGGCAGGAGAAGAUCCUGAAGCUCAUCUCGACUGAGCUGACCAAGAACACGACCCGCGUCGUCGAGAUGGCCGUCAAGAACGAGGUGCAGAACUCGGUCCUGCCGUCGCUCGAGAACAUCACGAAGACGGAGGUCAAGGCGGCGCUCAGCAACCAGAUCGCGAAGGGUGUUAGCGAUGCCAUGAAGACGGCUCUGCCGAGCGAGAUCGAGCGCGUGCUCAUCCGCCCCGAGAUGGCGACGCAGGUGGCACGGGCAUUCUCCUCCAACGUCAUGCCCGUCGUCGAGCGACAAAUCAAGGAGAGUCUCGCGAAAAACAUGGUCCCUCAGACCGCAUUGCACCAAGAGCUCUCGCGGGAGGUCCGCUCAGAGAUCUUGAACCUCAAGAAGGAGGUGUUGACCUGGCAGAGCGACGCGCUUCGCGGGCAGGAGUCUCUCAUCCGCGAACUCGAGCAAUCUGUCCGGAUGCUUUCGGAGCAGGUCAAAUUCCUCUCUAUGAACUCCUCUUCUUCGAACUUCGGGCACCCUAUGCAGAACCGUAGCUCGCCUGGUCCUUCCUCCAGCAGCAGUAUGCUUCCUCCUACUCAGCUCUCCCAGCUCCUCCGUCAGCCGAACCUUCAACCACCACCCAUGAACCAGCAAUCCGGUUACCAACAACAUACUUUCCAGCAGCCCCCUCCCCAGCAACAACAGCAACAGCAACCACCUAUGCACGGGCCGUGGUUCGGUCCGAACAUCGUUGCCCCGCAAGCCUCUCAUCCUACCGCGCCCCCUCCUCUUCCCCAACAGAACAACAUGUCGCGAGCGACGCCGCCCACCUCAGGCCAGCCGGAGGAAUGGGACGACGCGUACUUGGCGGUUCUCGGGUCUCAGGACACGCGGCAGCUCCGUGAGCUGCUCGCGCGCUCGAACCCGGAGCUCAUCAUGCCGUUGAACGGCCCGAGUCCCCUGUCGCAGGCGGUCAUGCUCACGCUCGUGCACAGGCUGUCGACCGUCAUUGGCGAGACGCCGCCCGUCGACGAGUCGUUCAAGGUUUCGCUUUGGUGGCUGCAGCGCGCGGCGACCGUUCUCAACACCUCUGACCCGCUUAUCUCGCCAUAUGUCUCUCGCGUCAUGCCGAACGUCCAGCAGAUGCUGAACUCGACGAAGCAGCGCCUCUCUAUCCUCCCCGGCAUGCCGUCAUCGGACACGCCGCGCACCAUUUCUGAGAUCCAGGAGAUCCUAAACCGCAAGCCGAUGUCUGGUUGA